AGCCUCUUGCCUCCACAAGCAUGCGCGCACACAUGUGGGCUGCACGGCGCGAUGAAGCGGAGCGACGCGAGCACCAGCAGCAGCAGCAGCAGCAACAGCAGCAGGAGGAGAAUCACUCCACCAACACAAACGGAAGAGACACUGUGCAUUCAGCUUGACGAAAGCGUGAGAGCAGUGACCAUGGCGAAUCACGACGAAGCCGGAGGAAUGCCCGACCCUUGCUUCCCUUUUGGCCCGCUUGGAGUCCAGUCAUGUCUGAACACACCUUCCAGAAUGCAAAACCAGCCCUGCUGGACCUAGCCACUGGAGCGAGAGGUUAAUCGCUAAGAAGGAAGAGAUCGUGUCAGGUUCCGUGUGAGUAGGAGGUGUCAAGAAGCAGGAGCCGAUGCCAUGGAUGCACUGAAUUUCAGUUACUGGAACGCCUCGGAAGCCAACGACACUGACGCGGCGGAGGUGCACGAGGGCUCCUACAAGACUGUGGAGGUGGUGUUCAUUGUGCUCGUGGCCGGCUCCCUCAGCCUGGUCACGGUGAUCGGCAACAUCCUGGUCAUGCUCUCUAUCAAGGUGAACAGGAACCUGCAGACUGUGAACAACUACUUCCUCUUCAGCCUAGCGUGCGCUGACCUCAUUAUCGGACUCUGCUCUAUGAACUUGUACACCGUCUACAUUGUCAUCGGGUACUGGCCUCUGGGCCCAGUGGUUUGCGAUUUGUGGUUGGCUCUGGAUUAUGUGGUCAGCAACGCGUCCGUCAUGAAUCUUCUCAUAAUAAGCUUUGACAGGUACUUCUGCGUCACUAAACCCCUCAGCUACCCCGUCAAAAGGACCACCAAGAUGGCGGGGAUGAUGAUCGCUGCCGCCUGGGUCCUAUCCUUUAUCCUGUGGGCGCCUGCCAUCCUCUUUUGGCAGUUCAUCGUAGGCGGGCGGACAGUGCCGGAGAAGGAGUGCUACAUUCAGUUCUUUUCAAACGCAGCCGUCACUUUUGGCACCGCCAUUGCUGCCUUCUACUUGCCUGUAAUCAUCAUGAUUCAGCUCUACUGGCAGAUCUCCAGGGCGAGCAAGAGCCGCGUCAAGAAGGAUAAUCGCAAACCAUCGGGAGGCAAAGCCGAGCCUUUGUCCGCCGCCAAGCGAAAGAACAACAAACCAAACAAUAACAACAUAGCGCCUGAGAACAUCGCGGCCUCCCAGAGCCAGAACACGGAGGACGGAAGCAACCAGCACGAUGGCAGGAUGCAGAACGGUAAAGGGCCUUCCACAACCACUGCUGAGGGCGAAACAGAGGGCGAUGACACGGCCAGGGAAAUCUGCACUGCCGGCGAGGAGAAGGAGAGCUCCAAUGACUCCACUUCAGGGAGCGCGGCCGCAUCCAACAUGAAGGACGAGGAGACUCCACAUUCGGCCGCUACUUCUGCCACCGAACCAUGCCACCCACUGCCUCGGCAACGCGCCAAGGCGGGCGUCUCCAAGCUGACCUGCAUCAAGAUCAAGGUCAAUUCCCCCAAGGGUGACUGCUACACGCCGUCCAAUGCCACCGUCGAGAUCGUGCCUGCGUCCGAGCGACAGAACCACGUGGCCCGCAAAAUCGUGAAGAUGACCAAGCAGCCGCCCAAUAAAAAAAAGAAGGCAGCGCCAUCGCGGGAAAAGAAGGUCACCCGUACUAUCAUGGCCAUCCUGGUGGCCUUUGUGGCCACGUGGACUCCUUACAACGUGAUGGUGCUGAUCAAUACUUUCUGCUCCAGUUGUGUCCCCAACACGGUGUGGACCCUGGGCUACUGGCUGUGCUACAUCAACAGCACCAUCAAUCCCGCCUGCUACGCCCUGUGCAACGUCACCUUCAAAAAGACAUUCAAGCACCUGCUACUCUGCCAGUACAAGAACAGUCGCUCUGCUAGGUAGAUGUGUCCAAGAGUGAACCGUUGCGCUGAUGUGAAUGACCCUUCAUCACACCGUUUCUCUCAAUUGGGGAUUUCUCCAAAGCAUCAAACAUACUUUUGGGUGGCAAAAUCCCACACCAUCUCCAAUGGCACCACUACAGAACAAAUACUUUGAUGUAAUUUUACCAAGAGAGAGGACUGGGGGGGGAGGGGGGAGACUGGGUAAAUGGCUUUCUUUUCUACCACCGUAUUUUACAUGUGUGAAAGUGAAAUACAGACCCAGUGGCAGUCCAAUUUACAUUUCAACAGGUAAAUUCAUAAAUAGAUGUAGUACAUAAACAUUGUUCAAGUGACUUUUCUGUUACUCUGAUAAAUGGAACAGACAAUCUCUUGCGACAGUGAACUGGAAAGCUUGGUGUAGAGCUGAUAUUACCUAGCAGGCAAGCUAGCAUACAAUCGACUAACUAGCUAACGAGCGACAAUCCAA